AUUCAUCAGUUUGUCCAUUCUUUGUCUAAACGUAACGCACCCUUUUAGUUUUACUACACUCUCUGUUGUGUUAGCAGCAAUGGGUUCAUGUGCUUCAGUGCACAAAGAUCCAAAAUCAGCAAUGAAGCUUCGUCUUGUUUUUGCAUCUAAAACUGACAAGCUUAAGCUUGUCACUCCUUCACCAAUCAAAGAUAAACCAAUUGUUGAUAAGGGUCAAAUCAAACUUCAGCAGCGUUCACCGGUGCUCCCUCUUACCAGUUUUAGCUACUAUGGUAGCAAGGAGGAGACCUUCUUUGAUUCUCAGGCCUGGUUGGAAUCAGAUUGCGAUGAUGACUUCUAUAGUGUUAAAGGAGAGUUUACACCGUCAGUAGGAAAUACUCCUUCGCGUGGCAAUACACCUCUGCAUCGAGGUUUUUUGGCUGGUAAUCUGCUAGGAAGUAGAACCUCUUUUGGAGAAAGACCUCCUGCUCCUUUGCCACAGUCUUCUCCAAGACAUAAGAGGAAGAACUUACUUGAGCUUUUCAAAGAAAGCUCAAGAAACCGGAAUCCGAGUGAGCAAGAUUCUGAAGACAACCAAAAUGGACAGGCUGCUGCUCAUCCCCAUUUACCACCUAAAUCCACAUCUAGCUCACCAUAUGUGCCGGUGUCUAGUGGCAAGAGCACCCCUGUAGGAAAGCCGAAAAGCGAGGCCAAAUCACUGAGGUCAGUACAAUGUUGUCUUCCCAGGUUGAGUGACAGCUUUAGGGAGAGGAGGAAGAGCAUCAGUCCUGCAAAUAGCGUCGGCUAAUGACUAGAACCUGGCUUUCAUAAGUUCUCUAUGUAUGUAUAAUGUAUGUGAAAGUGCACUAGUAAUUGUGCACUUCUUGAGAUAUGCAAUUCAACCCUCAAUAGCCAACUGAACUUGAGGGCCAUGAGAUCGGGUGUGCAUUGGCACGCACUUUCGGUGUAUAAAGUUAUAAAGAACAGCUUUGUUAAUAAAUUAACAAGGACAUAUUCCGCUUA